GACUCUGCUGUUGUCAUGACGACCACUGCUUACAGGAAAGUUAAAACUCAAAUCUGACCUCAGACAGCUGAACUUCUGUUCUCUAACGAAAACUAUUAGUUAAUGUAACUCUACACUGUCUGUUGCUGUGGUUAAAUGGACACAGGUGAAUUAUCUCUAGGGAGGAUACGCCCCGGAUAAAAUGCUGUCGACGACCUGCGAAGGUGUCGUGGUAGCUGCGGGGCGAAGAGGUCCUGAGCCGGGGACAGAGAGCCAAAGACACGGACAUGGAGGCGCUUCAGCCGGUGAAGAGAGACGACAAGGACUCGGUGUCCAGGAGUGGCCCGACGGCUCCAAAUAUGAGGGAGAAUUUGUAAACGGCCUCAAACACGGUAAAGGAAGGUACACCUGGAUUAACGGAGAGUACUAUGAGGGCUCCUUCUAUAAAGACUACAAACAUGGAGCUGGACUGUACUGCUGGCCAACAGGCCACAAGUUCAUUGGCAAGUUCUACCUCAACAGAAAGGAAGGAUACGGACAGCAAGUGUUUCCCGAUGGAGCCACCUUUCAGGGUCUGUACCACACUGACCACAGGUUUGGCCCAGGUGUGGUCAGUUAUCCAGAUGGGCGACAGGAUGUGGGUCUGUGGCUCAGGGAGUGCUUGUUGAGGUUCUGCACCCCUACAGAAGAGGGCUUUAGCCUGAAGAACUUCCCUGAAUAUGCUGCGUACAUGGACUCAUCUGUCACUGCAGAUUCUCUGACCCAGCCACAUUUUCACUCCAGUGACCUACAGACAAAACCCAGAACAGACUCUAAGGUGAAAGCACACAGAGGUCUGUUGGCAGAUGAGAAUGCUAUCCUUCCCCCCGGCAUGGAGACUUACUCAACAGAUGGUGACCACUUGCCGCUUCCCCCUGGCCGAAGAAGAGAGUUGGACCAACACUUUUUUGGUGAGCUGUGGCAGCCGGAUGCUCAUCCAUACCAAGGCUAUGAGAGGGACCCACUCUCCACUCUGCCCUUACAGGCCCGCAUGCAGGCUCACACCCACAAACACAGACUGCAGGCUGUAAAUGUGGGCUGGGAUGUGGCAGCCAUUCUCUCUAUGAACAGGGAGAAUUUUGGUCCUAAAGGGCCUUUGGAAGUCCAUUCAGAACUUCUGAUUCAACACGCCUCCCGAGGAGAACUGCAGGCUGUGUCACAGAUCCUCCGGACUGGUUUGGUCCACCCUGAUGUAGCAGACUCACAAAAACACACUGCACUGAUCGCUGCCACAGUAAACUGCCAUAAUGAUGUGAUACACCUGUUGCUGGAUAUGGGUGCUGAUAUUGACAUGUUGACCUGUGAAGGCAUGUCUGCGUUGGCUGUGUGUCACGUUCUCUACUACCCUUUUAAGUCUCUGAACACCUCUUUGAUUGACCCAUCUGCCAAAACUCCAGUUGUGGAAUCUCAAUCUUCAUGUGCGAACAGUCUCCAGAUCAGCCAAGUUGACUUCACUGCAGACACAACUAUACACAGCAACAGACCUCAAACUACUGAAACAGCCUUGAGGAACCCAAGCCAACUCUCUGACCAGACAUCAGAAAAACUCUCAGAACACAUCUCGUCUCACAGCAGUGAAGUGUCCAGUGACAGUGAGCUCAUCACUGAGCGCUGGCUUGGCCUGAAUGAAACGACUGCAGAAACUGAACACUUACAGGAUGAGGAGAGAAAGGACAGGGAUGGAAGGGAUAAAGACUGUGAGGAGACAGAAAGAGGAGAAGAAAGCAGCACUGGUGAGGAUGAGAAAGAAGGCAGUUGUGAUCAAACAUGGGAAGAUGGAAAACGUGAGGUAAAAGGUAUGUUAGAAUUUAGAAAUGGGGAAGCUAAAGAGAAAGAUGUUGAGCUUGUUGAGAGCAGGGAAACUGAAUCAAGAAAAGAGGAGCAAGCGAAGCUGAAGGAAGAUGUGGAGGAUGCAGAGAAGAGAGGGAGUGGGAAUGUGCCUGAUGUGGAGCGUUCCAUUGAGGUCCUGGACGGUCACAUCACACUGGGGAGUGUGAAGUGGAAAGAAACUGGAGCUAAGGGCAAAGACACAGAUCUGGCCCUCAAACAGAGCUUUGAUUCUGCUUGUUCACUCAGCAGCUAUAACAUCCAAGUCACAGAGGGAGUGAUGCAGCGCUCAGCAGAAGCGCUGAGCCGUACAGGGUUUCCUCAGUGUUCUGACACACAGGGGACUGUACGCAAAAUGGCUGCCAUGAAAAUUGAACACCGUGUUCGUUUAAACACCUUGAAGCUGCUAUUGGAACGUGGUGCUGAUCCCAACGCAGCCAGGGUCCCCCUGCUCGUCCUCUUUUUAGCCAUCAUGGCUGCUGACACCGAGGCUGUGAGGAGGCUGCUGCUGUGUGGAGCUCGCACUGACAUUCCCCUCCCACCAGAGAAGAAAGGCCUGUAUCCCCUGCAUGUAGCUGCAGCACUGCCAGGUCCAGAAGGUCCAAGAAUCACAGAGCUGCUGCUGCACACUGUCCCUGACCCAGACACCCGGGCAUGUGACCAGGACGAGAUCUAUGAGCCAGAUAGGAUAUGUAUGAAAACUGAGGAACCUCUAAGCUCCAGUGAGAGCCCACAUCUCAAAGAAGGAGGUCGAACUGCCUUACAUGUGGCCUGUCAGAGAGACAGUGACUACCUGAAUGCCAGUAAAGUGGUGGCCCUCUUAGUCUCUCACAGCGCCAGCACAGACCUCCUGUGGAGUGGACACUCGCCUCUCUCCCUGGCUAUAGCAAGUGGAAAUGAGCUGGCGGUGGAGGAGCUGCUGAAGGGAGGUGCAGAUCCCAGCAUACCCCUGGGCUGCCGGGUGGGCAGUGCUCUAUGUGCCCUCGCCAACAUCAACUACUACUUAUGUGGCAACAGAAUUCAACUGUUGGAAAUGUUAGCUACGGCUGGUGCAGACAUCUUGAUGCCAGUUACGGUGGGUGAUGCUGUUGGAACUGCCGUCGACUAUGCACACUACUCGUUCAACCAGGACUUGCGUAUUGCCAAAACUCCUUUCCAUGUUCUGAACAUGCGGGAGAGGGAAAUAUUAAAAGCACGACGCCAGCUGCUGAGCAAGAUGGGAGAUUUGCUGAGGCGGGCUGCUGGCCAGAGGGAGAGAGAAGAACUCCUCACACUGAAUACAGGUACCAGUAGACCAGGAGAGCUCCCCAGCCGAGAAGGCUUACAAGAGAAAGCAGAAGAUCUCAGGAAACCAAAGUUUGCGUUCUGCUAUCACUGUGGCCUCUCUGUGUCUGUGAAGCUGACUGCAUGUAGCCGCUGCAACAAGGUCUUCUACUGCUCCAGGACCUGCAAACUUAAAGCCUGGAAUCAAGGACACAAGGAGGAGUGUAUCCGGGUGUCAGCCCCUGGUGAUGGCAUCAAGAAGAGGGUUGUGUUUAAAUCCCCAGCAGUCCCCAGGCCCCCGACUGUCACAUCAAAAUCUGAAACAGUACCCAGGCCACUGAGUGCCAAGUUGAAAUCCGACAGAUUACCUGAGCCCUUGAGCAUGGCAGAGAAGGUGCUGAAGGACCAGGCCAACCUGAAUGAAAACUACAGCUUCAUCUGAUGAGCAAUAAAAUUCACUUCUUUACUAAA